AUGAGUCUCGCGGGCGAGCAGGGCGCGUCGGAGAGCGUCUUCGACCUGGACUACGCCGCCUGGCGGGUCCGCGCCGCGCUGGUGGCCGCCGGCUUUGCCUUCUACCUGGGCGUCUUCGUGGUGUGCCACCAGCUGUCCUCCUCCCUGAACGCCACGUACCACGCCCUGGUGGCCAAGGAGCGGGUCUUCUGGAACCUGGCGGCCACGCGGGCCGUGUUCGGCGCGCAGGGCACGGCCGCGGGCCUGUGGACGCUGCUGGCGGACCCGGUGCUGGCGGCCGACAAGGUGCGCGCCCAGCAGAGCUGGUCCUGGUUCCACGUGGCCACGGCCACCGGCUUCUUCUGCUUCGAGAACGCGGCCCUGCACCUGUCCAACGCGCGCUUCCGCACCUUCGACCCCUUCCUGGCGCUGCACCACCUCUUCGCCUUCCUGGGCUUCCUGGGGCUGCUGGCCAACCUGCAGGCCGGCCACUACCUGGCCAUGGCCACGCUGCUGCUGGAGGUCAGCACGCCCUUCACCUGCGUGUCCUGGAUGCUGCUGAAGGCUGGCUGGGCCGACUCGCUGCUCUGGAAGGCGAACCAGUGGCUGAUGGUCCACAUGUUCCACUGCCGCAUGGUGCUCACCUACCACAUGUGGUGGGUGUGCCUGCAGCACUGGGAGGGCCUGCGGGACACCCUGGACCCGCCCCACCUGGCACUCUUCCUGCUGGGCCUGAGCCUCCUCACGCUGGUGCUCAACCCCUACUGGACCCACAAGAAGACGCAGCAGCUGCUCAGCCCCGUGGACUGGAACUUCGCGGCGCCCCCGCCGCCGCCCCGGGCCAACGGCCGGCUGCCCCCCAAGAAGGGGCUGUAG